AUGAAACGCUCCCUGGACGAGCUGUCCCGAGGCUCCUCAAAGGAGGCUCUUCCAGAAGGGAGCUCGGGGGCUGCGACUGCCAGCCACGGGGAAGAUGGCUGCGAGACCCUGCAAGACGCUUCCCAGUCCAACACCGGAAUUCUCUGCCGAGCCCGUGAAGCCCGGGCCGAGAUGCUGAGGCGGGAGAGAUGGAUUAAUCUUUCCAACUGCAAGCAAUCCAGUGUUCACCGUGCAGCCACAAUCUUUGGGUUGAAAGAGGUCGGCGAAGAGGAGCAAUGGACAUUGUACUGGUCGGACAAUUUCGUGUCAUGGGAUAAAGCCAUGUCACUAAAGCGGUACCAGAAAAUGAAUUACUUUCUUGGGAUGCACGAAAUCUGUAUGAAGGAUUUGCUGGUCAUGAACUUAAAUCGCAUGCUAAGGCAAUUCCCAGAAGAUUACAACAUCUUCCCAAAAAGCUGGCGUUUACCAUCUGAAUAUCUUGAUUUUGUGGCCUACUAUGAAGCUGAGAAACCCAAGACCUUCAUCUGCAAGCCAAAUCCUGAAUAUGACUGGCGCAGCAUCUUUUUGACCCAGGACAUCAGAGAUACGCAGUCCAGGAAGGACUUCAUCUGCCAGGUCUACAUUCCGAAGCCCUUCACUUUGGAUGGUUUCAAGUUUAACCUCAGGCUCUACGUCUUGGUUACUUCUUGUGACCCUCUGCGGAUAUACCUCUACAAUGAGGGCCUGGUCUGUUUUGCCACUAAAAAGUAUUCCGAACCAACCGAAAAGAAUUUAGAUGACGUCCGCAAGCACCUCACCAAUUACGCCAUCAACAAGCGUAUGAUGAACGUUGUCCCAGAUGAAAAGAAAGGCAGUAAAAGAAAGCUGUCUUUCUUUAACCAGUACAUGGAGAGCAAUGCCUAUGACCUGGAGGUGCUGUGGAGCAGUAUUGAAGACGUGAUCAACAAAACCAUUCUGUCUGUGCAUCCGGCCCUGAGGAACACCUACCUCACCUGCUUCCCAAAUCACGGGUCUGGGAGUGCUUGCUUUCAGCUCCUCGGCUUUGACAUCCUGCUGGACCACACCUUGAAACCCUGGCUGAUGAAGGUUAAGCAUUCCCUGAGCUCUGUGAUGGACUCCAAUCUUGAUCAAGAGGUGAAGGAGGAUCUUCUUUAUGAUACACUCUGCAUGAUUAACCUUGCAGCUUGUGGCCGGCAGAAAGACUUGGAGGAAGAGAGGCCGCGAAAGAAGGAACAGCUGCCUAAGAUCUGGUGGUCGCGGGAGUACAGAGCUGACGAGACACGAAACAACCAGGCUACCUGGGUGGAACAGGUGGAAAAGUACGAAGACGAAAACAUGGAGAACUUCAAAAGGAUCUACCCGAGCUCCACUUCAGAAAAAUACGAGAAGUUCUUGGAAACAGUUGACUCCAAGGCUCGGGAAGAAUAUGUCAGGCAGAUGCACGGGGAAAUUCAGCAGAGUCAGGAGCAGAAGGAAAUGCUCCUCAAAGAACGGGGGUUCCCUGAAGAGAACCUGCAAGAAGAGUCCCAGUUGCAGGAGAAUCCGACCCUGUUGAUCUUGGUGUCACCAGAAGGACUGCAGACGUCAUCAUCCUCCACUCCUACCAGCCAAGUGCUAGGAAUUGUCUCCAGCCCAAGCCAGCGAGCAGGCGGCUGGGAGGAGAAGAAUGUGGGCCACAGCUGUGAAUUAUCUCCAGGCAGAGCAGAUGUUGAGCCAGAGCUGGUUUCUGAACAGAAGGCCGAUGGCACAGAACACUGCUCGCUGCUCCAGAACCAAUCCCAAGCAGAGCAGAAAGAACCAGGCCAGAAGCAGGAGCAGACAGAGGUUCCAUCGGAGAUCCCUGCUGAAGCACAAGAGGGAAAUGCUGUGAGUGAGGCAGUGAACCAACCGGAGGCCAAUGUGCAGAAGUUCCAACAGCAGGCCCAAGUCCCAGAUAAACAAGAGGCCGAAGACGGGGAUCAGCAGCAGGUUCAAGAUCUGGUCCCACUGGAGCCCCAAGCUGUGAAAGAGGCCAAAGACCUGGCACAGCAGGAGACGGGAGAUGAAUACCCACCUCUACUGAAUACCCAGUCGGAGAUCUUCGAGGAGCUUGACCAGAAGAGCACAGUUGUUGGGGAGGAAACCGAACCAGCGGACGCGUGCAGCACGCUGCCAGCCGAAAGCACAGAGCAGAAUGGGAGCUCGAGGCAAUUCCUCCCUGAGGUCCAGAGUCAGCCCAGGAACCAAGGUGGCCUCGAGGCCCAGGCGUUCCCCCAAGAGGGGCAAAAGGCCACAAGAGAGACGCUGAGCGCAACGGGCAACCCGCAUGCCGCCUCGAAGGCCAUCAAGAAGUUGUCUAAGGUCCUGAAACGCAACCGCAGCCAAAAUACCCAGUCGGAGAUCUUGGAGGAGCUUGACCAGAAGAGCACAGUUGUUGGGGAGGAAACCGAACCAGCGGACGCGUGCAGCACGCUGCCAGCCGAAAGCACAGAGCAGAAUGGGAGCUCGAGGCAAUUCCUCCCUGAGCUCCAGAGUCAGCCCAGGAGCCAAGGUGGCCUCGAGGUCCAGGCGUUCCCCCAGGAGGGGCAAAAGGCCACAAGAGAGACGCUGAGCGCAACGGGCAACCCGCAUGCCACCUCGAAGGCCGUCAAGAAGUUGUCUAAGGUCCUGAAACGCAACCGCAGCCAAGUGGGCCUGGCAAGCAAUGUGAAUUGUUCCGGACAGACUGAUGCUGCAGGGCACGCUAAUGUCACUGAGGAGAUUUCAAAUGCACCUCGGGAUCAGCGUGAUUCCUGUUGCAACUGCUGGGGUUACAACAGGAUCUGCUGCAGGAGCUGGUUACGGGACAGUGCCGUGGAACCCGACUGCAGGAACCCGCCCGAGCACCAGCAGAAUCAAGUUGCCGAGAGGUUUCCCACCGCGUCUGCCUAUCCCGAGAGGGUGACCGAGGACAGGAGCGGAGGGAAGCUGUGCGUGUCCUCCGAGCCCCCAGCUUUGCACCUCCAUGGCUCUACCUGUUCCACAAAACGCAGGAUUAGACAAAGGGACCUCAACAGUCAUGGCAGGCGAGUGAAGAGGACGGACGAGUGCGGGAGCGGUCGGCGAUUCCGGGAUGGCGGAUACCGGAAUUCGACGGUUCGGAGGUCGUGUGUGGACGGAUCGGGGAGUUGGAACUCACUGAUAAGUCGAUCGUUCAACUGCGACUUCCUCCGAUCGUCGCUGCCCUUCGGACUCUCGCUCCACGUCCGGCGGUCUCCCAACAAGUGCAGAUGUAAUCUAAGGCGGGGGGCGUGGGGUGGAGACUGGUUCCCGGUCACAUCGCUCUGGGUAGAUUUUUUCUGGAUAUCCGUUCUGACACGUGAUGUCCGGCGCCGAGAGGAAAACUUCCAGGAGCUAACCUGGCAGGGGGGAGACGGUGAUGAAGAGCUAAGAUCAAGCGUUCUUUACCGGAACGCUCUGAUCGCCGGUGGUCAUUUCAGCACACAGAGAGCGUUGGCAGGGGAGCGGCCUCGGGCUGACACGGGGUGGAAUGUGGAGGGAAUCGGCUCCGAAAUCUGGCCCUUUCCCCCUGUGCAGCGGCGAUGGAGGGAAGCAUGGCUGGAGAGACGAACGCAUCAGAGAAGAGGGAGGCUGGAGAGACCAGCGCUUCGAUUCAUGGGGCUGGGGGUCAAGAAGACGGUCAGACUGAGCGUUCGAGAUUUGAAAGAAGGCAACGGUUUCAGUAGGGAGACCUUCAUUCGCAAGGUGCUACCGGAUUGCCGUGGCUUCAAGGUGGACGAUCUUUACAGCGUCCGGGAUUUCGCUGGUUACUACGGCGUCACCUUCGGGCUUGCCCCAGGGUGGCAGAAGUUACGUGACUGCUUCAGUGAGAAGGGGAGCGAGGCGCCGCUGUCGCUACUGAAAGCGCAGCCCCUCUACGCCGACGUAACGCAGCAAGAGAGAACGGUUCUGGUACAAAUGUUCAACCCCUAUGUACCGGUCGUUGGCAUCCUCACAUUCCCAGCGCGAUAUGUGGAGAGCGUGGGCAAGUGUGAGAACGUCAACGGCAGUCUGGGAGUGUGGACAAGUAAAGGGCAGGUCAGGGUGAAGCUGAGGGUGGGCACCAGCGGCUGUGUCAUCCAUCCAUCCUCAGUGUUCGCAAUAGGAGGGAACCGGGGCUUCCUGGUUGAUGCCGGACAACCCAAGGUGUGCCGGAACUGCGGUAAAGCGGAGCACAUCGCAGCCCAGUGUAAGGCUGUGCUGUGCAGAAACUGCACGGUGGAGGGACACGGAGGCCAAGUCCCGCCACCUCUGCGGGCAGGCGGACCACCUGUACAGGGCCUGACCGAAACGGGCGGGCUCCUACGCACAGGUGGCCGGGAGAGAUGA